CCCGCGAAUGUGACCGGCGCCGGGAGGAACCGGCACGGCGGCCGGGCCGAGCGAGGGGCUGAGGGCAGCGGCUCGGCCCCCCGGGAACGAUGUUCUCCCGGAAGAAGCGGGAGCUGAUCAAAACCCCUUCCAUCUCCAAGAAGAGCCGGGCGGGCAGCCCCGUCCCGCAGACCCUGCCGGACCUCUCCCGCAAGGAUUGCCUGGAGGCCCCGGGCUCCAGCGCCGGGGAGCUGCCCCCGGGCAGCGCCAAGCUCAGCAGCAGCCCCAGCGCCGUGGGCACCCUGAAGCGCCCCACCAGCCUGAGCCGCCAUGCCAGCGCUGCCGGCUUCGCCCUGCCCACGGCCCCCCGCGCCGUGCCCAAGGGCCACAAGAGCCCCAUGUCCUACAGCCCCAUGGAGGGCGGGGAGGGUCCCUUCAUCGACCCCGAGGACAUCUCCCAGCUGCUGGCGGACGUCGCCCGCUUCGCCGACGCCCUGGAGAAGCUGCGGGACGUGGUGCUGCGCGACGAGCCUAAGGAGCAGCAGCGGCCGCUGGCCCACGAGUGCCUGGGUGAAACCCUCCGCAUCCUGCGCCAGGUGAUCAAUAAAUACCCGCUGCUCAACACCCUGGAGACCCUGACGGCUGCUGGGACCCUCAUCUCCAAAGUCAAGGGUUUCCACUAUGAAUCCAACAACGAGGCAGACAAGAGGGAGUUCGAGAAGGCGGUGGAGACCAUCGCCGUGGCCUUCAGCAGCACGGUGUCCGAGUUCCUCAUGGGGGAGGUGGACAGCAGCACCAUCCUCUCCAUCCCACCCAGCGACCAGAGCCAGACUAUGGAGAGCCUCUACGGGGGGAUUCCUGGGCCUAGAGGAGAUGGAGUGCCCUCAGGCAUGGACAGCUACGACACAGCCCGUCCCCCGGCCGAAGCAGUGGAUGUGAUGCUGCAGCGCUGCGAGGGCGGCGUGGACGCUGCCCUCCAGUACGCCAAAACCAUCUCCAAGUACAUGAAGGACCUGAUCGGAUACGUGGAGAAAAGGACCACGCUGGAGAUAGAGUUUGCCAAAGGGAUCCAGAAGAUGGUAAACAACUACAAGCAAACAAUCAGUCAGGAGACCAGCAUGCCUUUGCUGUCCAUCUAUCUGCUGGCCCUGGAGCAGGACAUGGAGCACGGGACCUCAGUUCUGCAGGCAGCCAACACCCUGCAGCAGCAAACCUUCCUUCCGCCGCUGGUGGCGAGGCGCCUGGAACACGAGAAACGCAGGAAGGAGAUCAAGGAGCAGUGGCACCGGGCGCAGAGGAAACUGCAAGAGGCUGAGGGGAACCUGCGCAAGGCCAAGCAGACGUACAUGCAGCGCAGCGAGGAGCACGACAAGGCCAAGUACGUGGCGGUGAAAGCAGAGGAGGAGCAGCAAAGCACGACCAGCAGCAUCACCACCAAAACCCUGGACAAGAAGAGGCGGCUGGAAGAGGAAGCCAAGAACAAGGCAGAAGAGGCCAUGGCCACGUAUCGCACCUGUGUGGCCGACGCAAACACGCAGAAGCAGGAGCUGGAGGACACCAAGGUGAACUCGCUGAGGCAGAUCCACGACGUGAUCAAACAGACUGACCAGGUCAUCAAGUCGGCCACCAUCUCCUUCUACCAGCUGAUGCACAUGCAGACGGCGCCGCUGCCCGUGAACUUCCAGACGCUGUGCGAGAGCAGCAAGCUCUACGACCCGGGCCAGCAGUACGCCUCGCACGUGCGGCAGCUGCAGCGCGGCGACGAGCCCGACGUGCAGUACGACUUCGAGCCCUACGUGCCCCACAGCGCCUGGUCUCCCUUCACUCAGCCCCACAAGGGCAGCUUCAAUGCCAGCGAGUUCUCCAGCAGUGCAGAGGGAGCUGGGGCUGGCUCGGAGGGAGCAGCAGGAGCCAAGGAGUCACCAAGUGGGGCCGGAGCAGCCGAGCGAAGAGGUGGGAGGGGACACCAGGUGCAUAAAUCCUGGCCAACCUCUGUCGCUGAUGCUGAGAGCAGCCUGGAUUCCAGUGCAGGUGAAUUCACCCACAAGCUCCAGCGGCUCUCAUCCAACGGCACCGCGUCCUCCAGCGAGGAGCUGGAGGAGAAGGACGGGACCCCCACUCCCUUCGAGCAGAGCAUCAACGGGAUCGCCCCGGAGCUGGCAGCUCCCACAGGGCCCUUCAGGAACGUUGGCUUGUCCAAGGCUGCCCAGACCCAUCGGCUGAGGAAGCUCCGUGCCCCUUCCAAGUGUCGGGAGUGCAACAGCUACGUGUACUUCCAGGGAGCCGAGUGCGAGGAGUGCUACCUGGCCUGCCACAAGAAGUGCCUGGAGACUUUGGCCAUCCAGUGUGGGCACAAGAAGCUCCAGGGGAAGCUGCAGCUUUUUGGGCAGGACUUCACGAAGGCGUCUCGGGCCAGCCCAGAUGGGAUCCCCUUCGUGGUCAAGAAAUGCAUUUCAGAGAUUGAGAAACGGGCCCUGAAAACGAAGGGCAUCUACCGGGUUAACGGUGUCAAGACCCGUGUGGAGAAGCUCUGCCAGGCCUUUGAGAACGGGAAGGAGCUGGUGGAGCUGUCCCAGGCCUCCCCUCAUGACAUCAGCAACGUCCUGAAGCUCUACCUGAGGCAGCUGCCAGAGCCCCUCAUGCCCUUCCGGCUGUACAACGAGCUGAUGGGGCUGGCCAAGGAGAGCCUGCAGGGCGGCGAGGCCAAAGGCCGCAGCGGGAAGGGCGGCCCCGAGCUGGUGGACAGAGGAGCCGACACCGAGCAGGUGGUGCUGAGCCUGGUGCUGAAGCUGAGGGAGCUGCUGAAGGAGCUCCCCUGCGAGAACAUGGCCACGCUCCAGUACCUCCUGCAGCACCUGAGGAGGAUCAUGGAAGUGGAACAGGACAACAAGAUGACCUCAGGCAACCUGGGCAUCGUCUUCGGGCCGACGCUGAUGCGCCCCAGGCCCACGGAUGCCACCAUUUCCUUGUCCUCGCUGGUGGAUUAUCCCCACCAAGCCCGGAUCAUCGAGGCACUCAUCAUCUUCUACCCCACCAUCUUUGAGCACAAGGACGUGGCAGCGGCCGAGCCCGGCAGACGCGGCUCAGGCGCCGCAGAGGAGGCGGCCAGCGGUGCUGAGCAGGUCCAUGCAGGCUCCCAGCCUGUGGCUCCUCUUGGCACCAGCCCCUACCUGGAGCUGCCUGCGGAGAAGGGGGAUUUGGCUUUCAGCGCCGACUCGCUCGCAGAGUCCGGCGACCGCUCCGUGGACUCCGACUCAGAGCUGGAGGACAGCGGGGAGCCCCGGGCACACCUGGCCAAGCAGGGCAGCGAGACCAGCACGGAAGAGGUUAAUUUCUGUGACGAGGGCAGCGAGGGGCCCUGCAGCGUGGGCCAGUCAGAUGCAGAGGGCUCUGCUCCCCGCUGCUGCAGCCCUGGGGACGAGCAGAGCGAUGGGGAGGAACCCCCUGAGAGCCGCAGCCCCGCCACCCCCAGGGACGCCACAAACCAGCCCGGCACCUCUCGGGGCCACGAGCUGCAGCCCCGGCUCAUCUGAGCCACCACAGACGCUGGGAUGGACAAAGGGGCAAAUCCC